GUCGACGUGUGCAGAAGUCCUGCUAGUCUGGUCCUUGUUCCCGUCUGGGUACCAGUUUGCUUCAGCAGCGCAGCCGGUGGGGCCCGAGGCUAGGAGAAGGAGAAGGAGUCAGCUUGCCGGAAUUUUGCAGGUCUGCAGGUCUGCAGGUCUGUUGUUCGUAGCAGUACGCAGGGCUAGAAAAGGCGAGGAAGAAACUGACCGGAUCAGUACGGAAGUAGUUGUUUUCAAAGAAGAAUAAGCAGAAAAAAAGAAAGGAAGAGGGAACGGAAGGAAGAGAGACAGAUACAAGAUGAAACCCUGUCAAAAGAUUGACGGAAAACCAGAAAAUGAGAGUGAACCAAAACUUGAGGAAGAGCCAAAGCCUGAGGAAAAGCCAGAGGAGGAGGAAGAGCCAGAGGGGGAGGAAAAAACAGAAGGAACUUUUAGAGAAAGGCUGAUUCAGUCUCUCCAGGAAUUUAAAGAAGAUAUACACAACAGGCAUUUAAGCAAGGAAGAUAUGUUUAGAGAAGUGAAUGAAUUAGACGAGAUAAGGAGAGUAAGAAACAAACUUAUAGUGAUGCGUUGGAAGGUUAAUCGAAACCAUCCUUACCCCUAUUUAAUGUAGUUUACCUUGAUUUUUAUUUUUCCUGAUGUUACCAUUACUUUCUUUUGAUUUGCGUUUUCCCAAUACACCUUUGUCCAUCUUUCUACUUUUAACUUGUUGCUAUUAGUGGUUUUAGAUGCAUCUCAUUGUUUAUUUUACUUCAAACCAAUCUACAAGUCUUUGCCUUUUAAUAAGAGAACUUUAUUCAUUUGUACAAAAAGAGGUUCCUGACAGGAUAUAAAAUGAAAAAAAAAGUUGCUAAGUAAUAUGUGAAUAUCAUAUUUUUGAAAGGGAAGAGUACAUUUGUAUAUUACAUAUAUGCACAGAAGAACAUGUGAAGGAUGAAAGACAAAAAGUACAGUCAGUGGUAGGAUUAUGAGUGAUUUUUUUAUUCAGCUUAUUUGUAUUUUUCCUUAUUCCUAGAAUGUACACACAUUAUUG